CAACUUCUUCAUGUAGGGCGUGAUAACAAAGGGCGCGCUUUGACAUUAGUUCCUCUCCGACCAUCAUUCACUUUCCAAUCUAGACAAAGUCAAGAACCCUAAUAUCCUGCAGCUUAUAAAUACGAUACUGGAUCAAAGCUUAUAAAUCCAACUUGAAACUACUAUAAUCGCAGCGUUUCGACAUACGACAAUUAUUGACAUCGCUCGAGUUACCAGAAUGGCAGACUUUCAACCUAAGAGCAUUCUCAUUUUCGGAGCUACCGGUAACAUUGGGCGAUAUAUCACGAAUGCUAUCGCCAAUGCCCAGCCAGCAUUCGAUCAUGUGGCCAUCUUCACCUCGGAAGACACAGUUACCAGAAAACCAGAAUUGAUCAAAGAGCUCAAGUCAAAGGCAGUCAAGAUUAUCACAGGAGAUGUCAAUAAUACUGAGGACGUAAAGAGGGCUUACCAAGGCGUCGACACUGUCAUCAGUGCAGUGGGACGCAAUGUCAUCGAGACACAGAUUGAGCUCUUUAAACUCGCAGCUGAGUCUGGUUCAGUUAAGUGGUUUUUCCCUUCAGAAUACGGCACAGAUAUCGAAUACGGUCCUCAAAGCGCCAGUGAGAAGCCUCAUCAGCUGAAACUCAAGGUACGAAAGUAUAUUCGAGAAAACGCAAAUGGUCUGAAGUAUACUUUUGUCGUUACUGGGCCGUAUAUCGAUAUGUACUUUACCCUUUCGCCUGACGUCAUUGAGGCUGGAGGAUUUGAUCAUAAGAAUAAGAAGGCGGUCUUGAUUGAGAAUGGGGAGGGCAAGAUUGGCUUCACAACUAUGCCUGACGUUGGAAAGGCUGUAGUCGCAGCUCUUCGUCACCCCGCAGAGUCUUUCAACCGCGCCCUGAUCGUCCAAUCCUUCGUCGUCAACUCUAAGCAGAUUCUGAAGGAGCUUGAGAAGCAGACUGGCGGUGAACCGUGGGAAGUUUCAAGCUACACUCUCGAUGAGUUGAGGGAGGCCGAGAAGAAGGGGUGGGCUGCUGGAAAUCCCAAGGCUGUUUCAUAUACACUCCGACGAAUUUGGUCUGAGGGCGGCACGCUUUAUGAAAAGACGGACAAUGAGAGGAUUGGACUCAAGGAGGAAGAUCUGGAGACUUUGGAGGAUGCUGUUAAGAGGGAACUUACGACUGGAUACUGAUUAAUACCUUGUGAUACUUGAACAUACUUCUUCCGA